CCUUAAAAAUUAACAUUUAUAUAAUAUACAUCUCUAUAAAAAAAGGACACAGAAAACAGUAGUACUCGGCAGUAUGACCUUCUGAAGGGAAUUCUUGCAAGGUCACCAUCUCGUUUUCGAGAAACAUCAACUAAUAUGGAGACAGACUGGAAAACGUGUCUUCAAAAGGUGGCUGGAAUUCUUCACGAAGUCGGAUUUGAAUCACAUCCUUUUAAGAUUGCCUGGUAUAAUAUGAACAUCAAACCCAUAUUCUACCUAGACUAUGCUGAGGACACCCUAGCUGUUGUGAUCAUUAGUACUCCAGCCAUGUAUGAAAAAGCUUUCAAGCCAUUUAUUUGUAAGAGGGACUGUUUAGGAGUCAAAGACCCCAUUGAUGAGUGCAUUGAACAUUAUUUUGCAAAAGUAAAAGAGGCAUUUCCCGAGAAUGAAGUUAUCUCCAUCCAUGACUAUGAGCUACAUGGUGGAACCAGGCGCCCCAAAGUUCUUGUCCAGACAGCUGCCCACGUGGCUGGAGCAGCAAGGUAUUACCAGAGGUCAGACCUGACCACUGACCCAUGGGAGGAGAAAAAGAAAAUCUUUGGAGUCAGUGUGCACCCCAAGUAUGGUGGAUGGUUUGCAAUUCGAGGAGUGCUAAUUUUCAAGGAUGUUCUGUGCAGUGAUCUGCAGAGAAAAGAACCUCCAGAUGUGGUUCCAACAGAUGAAUUGAAAAAAGAAUUACUAGAAAGAUAUAAUUUUCACUGGCAGGACUGGAGCUUUAGGGACAUUAUUCCUGUUGAAAAUAGAUAUUCAGAAGAACAGAAAACUUACUUUUCAACAUUACCAAAGGAUAGACUCCAGCUUUUAAAUAGUCUUAAGUCUGAUGCAUCAAAUAUUGAUAACACACUUUAGAAUUAUUGGUAACAAACUUAACUUUCAUUAUUAUUACUCUUUUGUUUUAUUUUAUUUUAAUUUUUGCCUCAAUUUUGACAUUUCUUUUAUUUUUCUUAUAUACUAGUAGGUUUAUUUGUAUUAGGCAUCUACAUAUUAAUUUUAUGUUUUAAAUUAUUUUGAUGCCUUAUUGAUGUUUAUUGAUGUUUAUUGAUAUUUUUCUAUUUAUUUGAUCAUUAUUUAUAAUCUUGCAAUAGUGUAUACAGGUUAUGUGGAUAGGACAGAUGUGGGAAAUAAGAGAUGAUAUUUAUAAAUCUGACAUUUACAGACAUGCAGAUUCAUGUUAACGUAAAAUUAUACAAAUAUAAUGAUGUUGAUGACUGUUUGAAUACAGAAAGGCUGUUUUUUGGCCAUAAAAGAAUCUUUGAAUACAGUCAAACCAGAAUAACAACAUAAAAUGUAUACGUGUAAUAGUAUACUUGUAUGAAAACAUUCAUUCUAAGAAAAACUGAAAUUACUUUA